AAUAAAUCUCACACAACAGCAAAGCGCCAUACACGCAGCUGUUCUUCAGCACGUAGCCUGAAAGUGACCACGGUCUCAGUCAUAGCAAACUAUUUCGUUGAUUAUUGAUAGCUGCACUCAUUCUUAUAUCCAAUUUACACCACACGAAAUAAUAUCUUCAAACAAAUAAAGACGGUCUUAUCUACAUUAAACAAAAGAUGAAGACUAAGUUCAUAAACGGGGUUUCUUCAUCACCUUCCAUGUCUCUGGGUUUAUUGGUGACCGAGAACGAGCUUCAGGUCCAGCCUGAUACCGAGCCAGCCUGCAAAGCUAUUCGCGCAGAGGAGCCCGACCUUGAGACGAAGCACAAGGCGUAUCUGUGGUGUAAAGAAUUUCUGCACGGGGCCUGGAAGUCCAUUGAGGAGGAGGAUUUCCAGAUAACCAUAAUCAGAGGGGGUCUCAGCAACAAGCUGUUCCUCUGCGCAUUACCCGAGGAGCUGCAGAGCAUUGGGGACGAGCCAAGAAACGUGCUGCUUCGCCUGUAUGGAGCCAUACUGCAGAUGUCCUGUAAUAAAGGAGACUCUGGACAGUCAAACACAGUAAAUCAUUCUCAAGGAGCUGAAGCAAUGGUCCUGGAAAGUGUGAUGUUUGCCAUCCUGGCAGAGAGACAGCUUGGGCCUAAGCUCUAUGGUAUCUUUCCCCAGGGAAGAUUGGAACAGUAUGUUCCGAGCCGCAAGCUUGCCACAGAGGAACUGGGAAAUCCCAGUUUAUCUGCUGAGAUUGCAGAGAAAAUCGCUAAGUUCCACAAGAUGAGGAUGCCUUUUAACAAAGAGCCGAAAUGGCUGUUUGGCACCAUGGAAAAAUACAUGAAUCAGGUGCAAAUGGUGACCUUCACCAGAGAGAUCCACCUCCAUAAAUUCAACCAACUUAUGAGCUACAACCUGCCUCAGGAGAUGGAGAAUCUCAGGUGUCUCCUAGAAUCCACCCAGUCUCCUGUUGUUUUCUGCCACAAUGAUUUGCAAGAAGGAAACAUCCUUCUUCUAAGUGGCCGUGAGAACAUGGAAAAACAGAAGCUUAUGUUGAUUGACUUUGAGUACAGCAGCUACAACUACAGAGGAUUUGACAUAGGAAACUUUUUCUGUGAAUGGAUGUACGACUACAACUGUGACACACCUCCAUUUUUCAGUACUGAUACCAAGAAUUAUCCAACCAAAGCUAAGCAGAUGAAUUUCUUUCAAAACUACCUGUCUGAAUAUGACCCUGGACUGGCAAACUUGAGUGAGGAGGACCAGCUAAAAAUGAAAGAGGACAUGUUGGUGGAGGUUAACAGGUUUGCCCUUGCAUCACACUUUUUCUGGGGCCUGUGGUCCAUAAUUCAGGCAAGACUGUCCACCAUCGAAUUUGGCUACUUGGACUAUGCCAUUGCCAGAUUUGACGCAUACUUUGAGCUCAAAAAGGAGCUGGGUAUUUAAAAGCUGUGUUAUUACACAAGGGACAGAGAAGCUAAGAAGAGGGAAGUGAAGACUGCAGCCCUGGCUUUUAAAUUCACUAGAAAAGCAGAUGCUUUGCUACUGUGAUGUUUAUAAGGUGCUGCAUGGUCUAAAAUCAACACCGCUCACUUUUACAUGGCCUAUCGUGUUCAACAGUGUACCAUGCUAUUUCUCAGAGUUUAUCUCAGUGUUUCAGCUUCAAAAGCUCAACACAUUUACCUGAUGCUGAAAGCUUCUAGGCAGCCUAACAAAAAACUUAAACUACAUAAAAAAUGCAAACAUGUAAAAUUACUAUUACAGAGUCAUAGGUGGGUGGUUGGGAAAAAAACUAGAAUAAACUGCUGCACUAACACUUAGAAACUAGACUCUACCAGAUUUGGUGGAAGAACUUGAGCCCAAAGAGCCACGUGUGUCUGCUUAUAUCAUGGCAGGUAAUCUCUGCUGCAUUAUCUUUACAACCUGUGCUAGGAAAUGUGAAAAAGUGAGGUUUACAAGCGUGGACCUGGAGCUAUAGAGCGGUACAACAGACCAAACUCCUUUGGCAUGGUAGAAUUUCAGAGCUGUGAGACACGUAUACACUCAUCCAACUUUUUUUUAGUGAAGCCUUAUUGUGGGUUGUUUACUUCUCUUUCUCUACUUGAAUGACUACUAGAAUGAUUGUUUUUUAACGGUAGUGGGUCAAAAGGGUAAUAGUGUGAAUAAUAGAUAUGCUGUGGGAGCUGGCCAGCUGUGUACGCUUAAGAAAACAAGAUGAUGCAUGUGAUCUGAUUUAAAAUUAGGAACUGGAGUUAGAAAAGCUAGUUCUAUUAGCUGACUGGCUCUGUUUCACACUGUGGAUGCAGUGGUCAACUUAUGUUACAUAUUGACAAUCUGUCCCUUAUUUCGUAGUUGGCACAUAUACUCUUUUUUCCAUGUGGGAGAAAUGAUUUUUUUUUACUUUAUUUUUUAAACUGUGUAAUAUCACAGUUAGUAUUUUCUCUGGAUUUAUUAUAUUACAUUAUCAUUCCCUGGUAUAUAGGCUAAACUGUGAUAACCUUUUUAAAAUAAUUUAGAAUCUUAGCUACUUAUUUUGAAUAUCACAUUUGUUUGUAUUGAGAUGCAUAUGUAUAGUAAAGUGAUGAUAUAUUCAUUUUUUUAACAUUACUGUGAGUGCCACUCUAUGCGAGUCACACAAAAGUAUUUCUAAGUGAAACUUUUCUUUUUUUUCCUUUAAUGGAAGAAGUACUUUUCUUAAUAAGAAAGUGUGUUUUGUGAGGUGAUUCAAAUAUUGCUAAUUCUUUUCUCUUCUUCAUCUUCACUGUGACAUGUUUUUUCGUUUUAUACCCAACAUUUUGAUGCUGUAAGCAAAUGAUUCACAUGAUGAAGCAAAUGAUUCACAUUCUAUCACUUUAAUCACAAAUUCCAAUACAAUAACAAGGGGCCAAUGCAAAACACAGAGUUGUAUAUGAGUGAAUGUAAUGAUAUUUAAAUCAUAUACUUCAGUUUCAGACAAUAUUUUGUUCAUGACUUCACCAUGUACAAUACCACAGGACAAUUCAAAACCAAUCUACAGUUUGAUCUACUGUUUGCUCUUUUUGUAUUGUAAUAAAAGGAGAAAGAAGCUUUUUAAUUUUACAUGAACUAACCUUGUUCUGUAGUGAAUGCUUUGCUCAUGAACUAUAAAUAAAAGUAUGCAAAAUGAUCCACA